AUGUCAGAAUAUUAUUCUAAUUCAAGUGAGGACGAGAGAUCAUCAGACACAGAGUACAGAGUGGAGUCUGAGAGUGAAUCGGAUUCGGAAGACGAACAGCGUCGCCGAAGAAGAAGAAGAAGGCACACGAAACCGAAAACAAAGAAAAAGAAAGCUGCAUUAUCAUUCAAAUGGCGGGAAGAGGAUGAAGUGUUUGUGUUGAAACAACUGUAUGAAUUCUCAGGGAAGAACGCGACGUAUUCGGAGGAGUUCUAUGAAUUUGUGAAGAAGAAAUUAGGCGGCCAAGUUUCGAUGCAUCAGAUGAGGAACAAAAUACGUGGGUUGAGAAGGAAAUAUUUGGAGAAUGAUGAGUGCAAUGGCCUCAAAUUCUGUGGGUCUGGGUCUCAACAGCACCAACGGAAGGUGCUUGCAUGGUCGAAGAGAAUAUGGGGAGCAGCCGAGAACGAGAACGAGAACAAAAACAAGAACGGAGGAGGCACACGCAGCGUGGAGCAAUAUGAAAGAGGAUUUGUGGAGUCUCUUGAGGAGAUGGAGAUUGAGAUGGAUUGUUUGAAGCCUUCAUGUUUGGAAUUUCUUUACAAGGACUGGGAAAUUCAAACACUUAUGCACGUUCAGCUUUUGUCCAACAAGUGCAAGUUGGAUGCCAAGCUCACGGAAUUGUGUAUCCAAUUUCUAAACACCCCGACCAAUACUAAAUAA